GCCUCGUCUGUUUCCCAUUGAUAAGACACAUUGACGAAGACAAUCUUGUUGCCUUAGUGAAUUCGUUACUUAAAGGUUAAAGGUUGCCUCUUAAUAAAGAAAUAUGUUAAGACUUAAACAUUCAAACGACACCUGACGAUUACAGGAGUUUACAUCAAAAAUCUCGGAAGGCGGUCGACACCCGGCUUCUUUUCUUGUAUUCACUAACUAUGGAGGGAAGAUUCGUGUUGGCAAGCUAUCCGUUCUAUAAUUAUGAGGUUGGCCAUUUUUCAUCAUCUGCGGAUGGAACAUCACCGACAUCUUUCACCCAGCAUUGCUAUCAUCCUCGAACCAUACUACCGCCCAUUGUGCUUCCACUUAACUUUUCUGCUCAACAGGUUAUAUUGCCUACACCGUACUAUUCAACACUUCAUUAUAACCCACCCAUAUCAACCAGUGCGUCAUUAGCACCUUUGGAUAAACCUAUGUAUUCAUACCAAAACUCCGUUGGGCAAAGCAUGAGCACUGAUCAUGGAACAAGUAAUUACGAGAACGGUCCGAGUCCGCCUAAGAAGUUUAUGACGCUGAAAUCGGAGAACAUCUCCCCAGAUGAUAUACAGUCAAUGCAAGAGAAAAGCAACAGUUUUGGUAAGCAAUUCAUUACCCGAGCAACAUUUUAACUUUCCAGAAACUCCAGUUCAAACUAAAGUAGAGCAAUCAAAUGACAAUUCGAAUAAUCUUCCACCAUGUUUAGCCAUGGCUAGUCACACUCGACAAAUGAAUGUGGUUAUGUCUCCUAGCAUUCAACCAUCUGCUAGUUCCAUUACACAUACACAAAGUCAACCCGAAGACAGUUCAUCUUUACAGAAGGAUGAUAAAAAUUUGCCUAUGAAUUGUGAAGUACAAUCAAAUAUUUGUGUUAUUUGUGGUGACAAGGCGACGGGCAAUCAUUAUGGUGUAACAAGUUGCGAGGGUUGCAAAGGAUUUUUCAAACGGACUGUUCAAAACAAAAAGACCUACACAUGUAGGAAUUUGUCGAAAGAUUGUCCUAUUGAUAAACGGCACAGGAAUCGUUGUCAGUUCUGUCGAUAUCAGAAAUGCAUUUCUGCUGGAAUGUUGAAGGAAGCCGUUCGCGAAGAUCGCACUCCUGGUGGUAAACACAAGAAUGCAAAUGUACUCAAGAUCAAAAUACCAUCUUUGGAGGAUUCUGGUCAGCUACAGGUCAUGUAUUGGUCAUCUCCCAUGAUAGAAAGUUUGCUUAAGAUUAGCAACUCUUCCAUACCUCAGUUGAAAGUUGCUCAGGAAAACUCGGACAUAAAGUUAAGCACAAUUGACUAUGUCAUUCAGCUGGCUGACUGGCAGAUUGCAGAGGUUUGGAGUUGGUUUAAUAAACUUAAUUUUCUCUCGGAAAUCAUGAACGGCGACCGACAGAUCUUAAUACAGAAUUCUCUGAUGGAAAUUCUUGCAUUCGGGCUUGCUCGUCGCUCCAUGAAGACUGGUAAUAGUCUCCUACUAGGCGAAGGAGUGUAUUUGGACGUUGAGGCUGCGAGUGUGGCUGGAAUUGGGGAUAUCACUCAAAGAAUUCUUCAACUUUCUGCCAAGUUUAAUGAGCUGAAAUUAGGCGAAGAAGAAUAUGUAUGUUUGAAGAUAAUUGUACUGCUGAAUCCAGAUGUCAGAGGUCUGUGUAACCAAGAACAUAUCGAAAGACUCCAAGAUCAGGUACACACGCAUUUGCAAGACUACAUUAUCCAUCGUUAUCCCACUCGUCCCAACAGGUUUGGUAAUGUUUUAUUGCGUCUGCCAGAGUUGAGAUCCAUCAGCACGAAGAUUACGGAACGAUUAUUUUUCCUGAAUGUUACUCAUGAUUUGAACAUAAAAACACGGCUUAACGACUUUCUUUAUGCACGCGAGCGUCGUUUCUGACAUAUGGAGAAUACGACGAAGCAAUGUUGAAGUUAGUCGGUAAUGGUCGCCUAAUCUUUGUUUUGGUUGUUGAUUUUCAAAUGGUUGAAUGGUACCAAUAACCAUCUUAACAGAUGUAAGAUGGAGGGAGCUGAGACUGGCUCUAACAGAUAGCACAGCUAUGCUGAAAGCCUGAAACUACUCGCAGAUCUUUAUAUGUGUUGUACGAGUUGUGUAACUACUGCAUACAUUUCACUUUGAGUACUGCAUAGAAGAUUUAUUACGUCACAGGCGAUUACGAACGAAUGACGUCGAUUACUUACGAAUGACGUCGAGUACUUACGAAUGACGUCGAUUGAAGGAUGAUGGUUAGAUCAAUGAUUGCUCUACCUGAGCUUGUACCAAAUUGACUUACUUUGUACUAAGGGCGCCCUUCUGUGGUGCAGCGUGGGUAAGGAGGGGGGCGCCCUUCUGUGGUGCAGCGUGGGGAAGGAGGGGCGCCCUUCUGUGGUGCAGUGUGGGGAAGGAGGGGCUUUCGUUUUUCAAAAGAAUCUGAGCUUUGAUAAAACGUACAAAAUGGCUAUUCUUAUAUCUAACAAUUACUUUUGUAUGUUUUCCAUCUCUUGAUUGUAAUCAUUAUUUCCGUUGAAUUUGGGAAUUCCAACAAAGAUACUGCUCAACAAAUGAAAUAUUGAUGAGCUUAGCUCUUUAUAAGUAAACUAUAGUGACUGACAGGUACAGAGAGUUUAUAUACGUGAUAAUGUUUCUAUUUACGAUGUUUAAAACACACAACAUGCAUGCGUAUCUACAGCUAGAAAUCUUUAAAUUUUAUAAUUAAACCUGUGUGUGUAUAUAUAUAUAUAUAUAUAACUUGUGUUCUAGAAAUUAUUUGAAUCAUAGAUAAAGUAUCGAGUGUAGUGUUUGGAACUUUACAUGGCUUAUGUAUUAACAAGCUGUCGCUAGUGUUUGUUAAAUGUUUUGUUUAACACAAAUAAAACCAGCGUAGUGUAAAUUGUUA